AUGGCAGAGAUCUCCAGCACCGUACCCAAGUACACUAUCCGCCCUGCAACGGAGGCGGAUUCCCUCGGAAUCAAUGCCAUUGUCAACUAUGAGAUUGGGGUCUCUGUCAACAACUUCAACUACGGUCCACGCUCAGAGGAGGAUGGUCUGGCAUGGUUCAGGAGCACGAUCGCAGGCGGAUAUCCCAUCCUGGUUGCCACAACUCUUGUCGAUAACAAGGAUGUUGUUGCUGGAUAUUCAUCGUUGGGCAGCUUCAGACAGAAGGACGGAUAUCGAUUCACUGCUGAGUAUUCUUUGUAUAUCCACCACGAGCAUCGCAAGCGUGGUUUGGGAAGGUCUUUGCUCAAGGAUCUGUUGGUAGAGGCAAAUGAGCGCAAGUUUCAUGCUAUUAUUGGAAGCAUCAGUGAAGGCAACGAGGCAAGCCUUCGCCUGGCUGCUGAAUUCGGAUUCAGAGUGGUCGGUACCAUGAGGGAGAACGGAUACAAAUUUGAUCGCUGGAUCGACAAUACCUUCGUGGAGCUGCUCUUGUAA